AUGGCUUCUUCUCUCCAUAAAGCAGAAGAUAAAUCAUUUGCGUUAAGCAUUCGAAGUAGAUCCGACCUUGAUGAAGAUGGAAAGAUAACCUUGGAGCCAGUUAAGGCAGAUUCUCAAAACGCUUCUAACUCCGCGAGUGUUGCGCAAGGAAGCCCCCAAAAUACAAUGACCACUCCUACCCCGGAACCAACCACUACAGUCAACUCCAACUCUUGCUCUUCUGCGCCAACACAAGAUUUCAAGGAGUUCAGACGAGGAUCACGAACCCCCCAAAGCGUGAUGACUCCGGAGCAAAGAGAAGCGUACAGUCUAUCGAAGAAGGCUCGACGUGAAGAAUUCAAAGCUGCACAUGCCAAUCGACCGCCGAUUCAACGUCCUCAACGAAGUCAGCAGCAUUUUAGAGACAGGUUAGCACAGCGAGAUUUUGAGCGAGAGCAACAAGCACGAGAGAAGCAGGUGCAAUCAACACAUUCUACUCCAGAUGUCCAGGAUUCUGGUGUUGACAGCGGGACGAACGCUGGGGAGUCAAACGGCUGA